AUGGAAGAUGAAGAUGAAGAUGAGAUGAAGAUGGAGAUGAAGAUGGAGAUGGAGAUGAAGGUGAAGAUGGAAGAUGGGAGAUUCGCUAUCGGGAACCCGCCCUGGAGGAGUGGAAACGCUGGAAACGCUGGAAAGACUGGAAACACUGGCAAGAAUAAGGUGAUCCGAUACAGCAAGAUGCCGAAGAAGCUUCCCAUUGGCGAGAGAAGACCUCAUUUAAUCAAUAUUAUUAAGAACUUCCCAGAAUCGCCGCCUCCGACUCUCUGCUGUAUUAUCAAGAAGACCGCCCGAGACUGUGGAAUUGCCCCGCUGCAGGCCCCCACCACGCCUGGUUUCUGGCUUCUUCUUCUUCUUUGCCUCAGGAUCUUCUGGUUUCUCGACCAGUUGCUGAGAUAA